AAACACCAGAAGAAGAAGCAGAAGCUCGGUAGAUGCUGAGAACAAGAAAACAACGACUGCAGACUAGAGAUAUUUCUCCGUCUGAGGAAGAACAAAGUCAUAUAACUUUGCCUUCACUUGAGUCUGGAUGUAAGCUGAGCUCUAACUGCUCAGUAACUGUUACAAGAACAUCUGAAGAGAAGCUGACUACAGAGAUGUGGAGACAGCAGCUCAAACGGAGGCAUUGUGCAGCAGUGGGAGAGAUUUCCGAAACGGUUAAAAAAGAGGAUGAAGAAUUUAAUCUUCAUCACAACAUCCUGGAGGCUGAUCUCAACCCCAAAGUUCUGCUGCAUAAAUUAGAUGUUAAGCAGAUGCUGAUGGUUAAAGAAGAAGCUCAUGUAGACCACAUACCUUGUGCUGACCUGCAUGACUCAAGGCUCCACCAUAUAAAGGAGGAACAGGAGGAAGUCUGCACCAGUCUGGGGGGAGAGCAGUUCAAUGGGAAGGAGGAGAUUGAUGCCAUCAGUCUUCCAGUCACUGCUACUCCCAUACAGAGUGUGAAUGAUGAACAGUCGCCUCUGCUCUCACAGCUUUAUCCAGAACAAAUUAAUGGCAGAGAACUUUCAGAAGAGAACAGUGGAGAAGAAUCCAUCAGGAUAAAAGUUCAUGGAGAUGGUUCCAUAGCCUUAAAGACUGAAGGCACUAAGAAGGAUGAGGAGAGCAAUAGAAUGAAAUACUCGGGCUCUGGACUGAAAACUAAGAACAUGGACAAUGACUGGGAGGAGAGCAGAGCUCAUGAGUCAGAUGAAAACACUGAUAACAAACCCUUUAGCUCUUUUGAGUUUGCUGAACAUUUUGUUAACCGUCACUUUUUUCAGAAAGACAUGAAUAAUUUAGAAAAAACGUCUUCAAGCUCGCUGGAUAACAAGAAAUGUUUUGCAGAAAAGAAAAAUGUAAACUCCCAAAGGAAAGUCCAGACAGGAGUUAAGUUUAGCUGUGAAGACUGUGGCAAAACAUUUGUUGGAAAUAAAUCUUUGAACACGCACAUGAGAAUCCACACAGGACAGAAACCUUUCUGCUGUGAUUUAUGUGGAAUAAGAUUUAGCCAAAAAACAGACUUAAAAAGACACAUGAGAAUCCACACAGGAGAGAAACCUUUCUGUUGUGAUCUAUGUGAGCAGAAAUUCAGCAGAAAAUCUACUUUAAACAGACACGUGAGAAUCCACACUGGAGAGAAACCUUUCUGUUGUGAUCUAUGUGAGCAACGUUUCAGCAGAAAAUCUGUUUUAAACACACACAUGAGAAUCCACACAGGACAGAAACCUCUUUUUUGUGAUCAAUAUGGGGUAAGAUUCAGCCUGAAAAAACAUUUAAAUACACAAAUGAGAAUCCACACUGGGCAGAAACCUUUCUGUUGUGAUCUAUGUGGACAAAGAUUUAGGCAAAAAACAGAUUUAAAAAGACACAUGACAAUCCACACAGGAGAGAAACCUUUCUGUUGUGAUCUGUGUACGCACAGAUUCAGCAGAAAAUCUACUUUAAACAGACACAUGAGAAUCCACACAGGUGAGAAACCUCUCUGUUGUGUUCUAUGUGAGCAGAAAUUCAGCAGAAAAUCUACUUUAAACACACACAUGAGAAUCCACACAGGACAGAAACCUCUUCUUUGUGAUCUAUGUGGAGAAAGAUUCAGCCUAAAAAAACAUUUAAACACACACAUGAGGAGCCACACAGAACAGAAACCUUUCUGUUGUGAUCUAUGUGGACAAAGAUUUUUCCAAAAAGCAGGUUUAAAAAUGCACAUCAGAAUCCACACAGCAGAGAAACCAUUUGGCUGUGAUCUGUGCAGACAAAGAUUUAGUCAAAAAACAGAUUUAGACAGACACAUGAGAAUCCACACAGGAGAGAAACCUUUCUGUUGUGAUCUAUGUGAACAGAGAUUUAACAGAAAAUUUACUUUAAGCAGACACAUGAGAAUCCAUACAGGUGAGAAACCUUUCUGUUGUGUUCUAUGUGAGCAGAGAUUCAGCAGAAAAUCUAUUUUAAACACACACAUGAGAAUCCACACAGGACAGAAACCUCUUCUUUGUGAUCUAUGUGGAGAAAGAUUCAUCCUAAAAAAACAUUUAAACUCACACAUAAGGAGCCACACAGGACAGAAGCCUUUCUGUUGUGAUCUAUGCGGACAAAAAUUUAGCCAGAAAACAGAUUUAAACAGACACAAGAGAAUCCACACAGGAGAUAAACCUUUCUGCUGUGAUCUAUGUGGACAAAGAUUUAGCCUAAAACAAAAUUUAAACACACACAUGAGGAUCCACACCGGACAGAAACCGUUCUGCUGUGAUUUAUGUGGGCAAAGAUUUAGCCGAAAAACUGCUUUAAAUGAACACAAGAGAAUCCACACAGGAGAGAAACCUUUCUGCUGUGAUCUAUGCGGACAGCGAUUUAGCCAAAAAGCACAUUUAAACACACACAUGAGAAUCCACACAGGACAGAAACCUUUUUGUUGUGAUCUAUGUGGACAAAGAUUCAACCAAAAAGCACAUUUAAACACACACAUGAGAAUCCACACAGGACAGAAACCUUUUUCUGUCACACUGGAAUCCACACUUGAGGGAAAAUGGCUAAGUUAUGAAUAGUCACUCAAACAGUCUUCACUCAUUGGUUUCAGCAUUUGUCUAGUGGUUAAUUUUCAUAUUUAAUUUGUUAUAAUAUGUUAGGUUACUGAUUUGUUUGGUUGUGUAACUGGUAGUUUCUAUGCCAAGCUUUCUUUUUUUUUUUUUUUUUGUUCAGGUGCGUUCAGUUUUUGCUUAUUGUGUAUUUCAAACGGGCCUAUAGUUUAAAGAUUGGCACCAGUGUUGACAAAUCAUUUGGCCUGUGUCUGUUGUCCUGUGUAUUUUGUCUUCUAUGGUUUGGAAGGUGUCGUCCCCAAUUCUAGGUAUUGUAUGUAUUGCUUUCAGUGUUUUAGUGGUGACCUGGAUAACUUCAUUAAUCUGUUUAAAUUUAGUCUCUGUAGAUAAUUUAAUGAGUGGUAAGUAUACGUCUGCAAAGAGAAAUGUGUCCUUGGCUGUUUAAAAGUCUGGGGACCAAUUUGUGAAUGGUUUUACCUUCCCUGAAUCAACUAGAAGAUUUUGUACUUGUGGGGUUUUGAGGUUGUUUGUUCACUUCCAUUGUGUCUUUUACUGUCUUUACAGUGUGUUUUCAUCUGCUGUGGGAUAUCCUUUCUCUGUGGUUUUGAUUGUAUGUGAAGUUUUUCUAUUCUUAGGUUUUGUUCUAUUAAGGUUCUAGCUUGUUGGAGGGUUUUCAGUUUGAUUUUUAUUUCCGUUUGUGCUUUUCUGGUAGCCAUGUUUAGGAUGUUUUAGGAUAUUUAGAAGUUUUUUGGCCAUGGUUUGGUCCUUUUAAUUUCCUAAAUUGAAUAUAAUUAAACUUUUAAAUUGAAUAACUUUAAUAAAUUGCCAUUUUGAUACUCUU